CACCAUGCCACUUCCAUCGACCUGUUAGUUAUAGUGGGGAUUUCAAUUCGACGACGGACGCUGCAUGCUGUGAAUUCCUCGCUCGCUGAACUCAGGACGAUUCUGUAAGAGAUUUGUUUGUGGGAGAAAACAGCCAAGAUGGUGAACAUUACAGAUAAGAUCAAGGAGAUUGAGGAGGAGAUGCGAAGGACGCAGAAGAACAAGGCCACAGAAUACCACCUUGGUCUCCUAAAAGGCAAACUCGCCCGCCUCCGCGCCCAGCUCCUCGAGCCCGCCCCGGGCGCCGGCUCCGGCGGCGGCGCGGGCUUCGACGUCUCCAAAAGCGGCGACGCGCGCAUCGCCCUCGUCGGCUUCCCCUCGGUCGGCAAAUCCACCUUCCUGUCCAAAAUCACAAAGACCAAGUCCGAGGUCGCCGCCUAUGCGUUCACGACGCUGACGGCGAUCCCCGGUGUGCUUGAGUAUGGGGGCGCCGAGAUUCAGAUCCUGGAUCUGCCGGGGAUUAUCGAGGGUGCGGCCGAGGGGAAGGGGAGGGGGAGGCAGGUGAUUAGUGCGGCGAAAACGAGCGAUUUGAUUCUGAUGGUGUUGGAUGCGACCAAGAAGGCGGAGCAGAGGAGGUUGUUGGAGCAGGAGUUGGAGGCCGUGGGGAUUCGGUUGAAUAAGGAGCCUCCCAACAUCUACCUCAAGCCCAAAAAAGCCGGCGGCAUGAAAAUCACCUUCCAAUGCCCGCCCAAACACCUCGACGAGAAGAUGCUCUACAACAUCCUGCGCGACUACAAGCUGCUCAACUGCGAGGUCCUGGUGCGCGAUGAAAACGCCACCGUCGACGACUUCAUCGACGUCAUCAUGAAGGACCACCGCAAGUACAUCAAGUGCCUGUACGUCUACAACAAGAUCGACGCCGUCUCGCUGCCUUUCCUCGACAGCCUGGCGCGCGAGCCGCAUACCGCCGUCAUGAGCUGCGAGUUGGAUCUUGGGGUGGAGGAUGUGGUCGAGCGGUGUUGGCAGGAGUUGAGGUUGAUGAGGGUGUAUACGAAGAGGAAGGGCGUCGAUCCGGAUUUCAGCGAGGCCCUGAUUGUGAGGCAAGGGAGUACGAUUGAGGAUGUGUGCGAUCAGAUUCAUAGGACGUUGAAGGAAACGUUCAAGUAUGCGCUUGUGUGGGGCGCCAGCGCGAGGCAUGUGCCGCAGAGGGUCGGGUUGGGCCAUGUAGUUGCCGAUGAGGAUGUGGUGAGUAUUGUGGCCAAGUAGGGUGUGGAGAGGAUGUGAGGCAGGGAAAGAAUUUUUCUAUAUCUACUGGGACUCGUUCAUGAGAUGCCUCCCGCCAAAUGCAUUCCACUCCCUGGGCUCUGUGGAUUAUACAACGCCCCCAGUCGUGUCAAGCCCGGAAUAUUAUAACGUUCAUCCCUUUCGUACGGGGAAGACACCGCCAUCGCAAACCUACGAUAUGAAUCUGCAUAUGAACCCUCC